UUUAAUAUCGAUACGCGAUGAUAUCUGGCAACUGCGAGCGUACAGAAGCUGCUCGAGAAAUUUCGUUAAAAAUCGGGAAAAUGUCGCAAAAAAUUAAUAAUUUGUUGUGAAAAGUGUUUAUUAGUGUUCUAUAAAGUGUAUAGUAAUUCAAAUUGCAUUGUCAAAUGCCUUAAAAUGUGAAAUAAAAAGCUGAAAACCUGAUUUGUGAAGAGGUAGCCUUUUUUUCAUCAUCGUAAAAUACAUACAGACAUUCGCUCACACACACGCAACUGUAUAUAUGUAUAAAUAACGCGCGGGCGCGAGAGAGAAAUAGAGCGUAAGCUAGUGUUGAAUGUGUGCUUGUGUGCGUGAGUGUUCAUUGCGCUGUUUUAUGUUUCGUCAAUGAGAGAGCAAGCGCGCCAAGCAGGCGAAUGCGAGAGCAAAGCAAAAACCAACAAAUAAGUGAACGAAAAUAAAAACGAAAAAUACCGAAUAUCGAACAAGUCGUCUGCAUAUGAAUGUUGUAUGUUCAAUUUUCUGUGUGCACUUGUGCAAUUGUGCAAGGCGAAUUAUGUUUUAACACAAGCCCUAAAUAGUUGGAUACAUAGCAACAACAAUUUAAGGAACAACUACAUCAAAAGAUUCAAGAAAUCGCGCUAAGACAAAAAAAAAACACACACACACAAACACAGACUCACAUGCAUGCACACGCGCGCACUCGCAAACAUAUAAAUGCGAAAAAAGUGUGCUAGUAUAUGUUCGGUGAUUGUGAGUGUGUUGUUAGUAUGUAAUGAUGUAGAUGAUUGCAAUGAUAAUGACAAUGAUAAUGAUAUUGAUGAUGAUGUUGUUGCUGAUGAGACAGCCGCAGCCGAACUGUUAACAUAGUUGAGCAACGUUUCGCGAAAGUACAGCAAUGUGGAAAAUUGUAAAUACGGCGAGCAAAAACUCAAAACGCAGAAAAACUAAACGCGCAAAAAGAAGAAUUUUCAUGCUCGCGUCACCAUAAGACAACAUAAAGAAAGGAAAAACUGUCGUAAAAAGGCAGUCAUAAAGGAAAACCCACCACUUAACAGGGUAGUGGGCUACAACAACAACAACGACAACAACAAGAACAACAACACCGUUGCAAGGAAAGUUUGUGCCACAGCAACGAUUUGCCAAUGCAAAUGCAAAUGCAAAUGCAAAAAAUCAACGACCAUCAAGUGCGUAUAUUAUGGGCCGCUCCAAGUUCCCCGGGAAACCAUCCAAGUCGAUUAAUCGUAAGCGGAUAAGUGUCCUACAAUUGGAGGAUGAGGCGGCGAGCGCAGCAGCAGCAGCAGCCACAGCGGCAACAACCGAGCAGCAUCAGCAGAGCGAACAGAGCGCCGGCUCCUCGGCAUCGCGGGAGAAGGGCAACAAUUGUGAUAACGAUGACGAUGAUAAUGCGCCAAGCGGUGCCGCGACCAGCGGCAACAGAGGCGCGUCCAGCGGUGCGUCGGAUGCCGCAGCCACCGAAGGUGGCAACAGCACCGGCAAUGGCUCAUCCACGGGCGGCAAGACAACAAAUGGCGGCAAUGUAAACGGUGGCAGCCACCAUAAAAGCGCCACAGCGCCGGCCGAGCUCAAGGAAUGCAAAAAUCAAGGCAACCAAAUCGAGCCUAAUAACUGCAUUGCUGCCGAGCCCGAUGGCACCGAGGACACAAAUAACGAUGACGACGAUGACAGCAGCAAUGACAAGAAGCCAACAGCCGCCGCUGCCGCCGCCGCCGCCGCCGCCUUUGUGCCUGGCCCCAGUGCGUUGCAGCGUGCACGCAAAGGAGGGAAUAAAAAAUUCAAAAACUUGAAUCUGGCCAGACCCGAGGUGAUGUUGCCCUCGACGUCGAAACUCAAGCAACAGCAGCAGCAGCAAUUGCAACUUAAUUGCCCUUCAGCGUCCGCAUCAUCAUUAUCAUCAUCUGCUGCUGCUGCUGCUGCUGCUGCUGCUCCUACGACAACAACGACGACGGCGUCAGCGAGUGCGACGCUGACAGCAACAGCGACGUCGACGUCGACGUCAAGCUUGCCUGGGACGCCACUGUCUGUAAUUGCUGGGGGCGGGGGAGGCGCAGCUGCUGCCGGCCUGCUGCUGGCGAAUCCCUUUGCCAGCGUCGAGACAAAAGUGGUCGAAGUAAACGCAGCAGCGACUGCGGCAGCAGGCGCUGGCGAAGAUGUUGCAAUGCUAAAGGCUUCAAUCGAAAUGGCCAAUGAGGCCGGCCUGGAAGCCCCAGCCGUUGCAGUCAAAUCGAGUGGCUCCAGUCCCAAUCCCAAUCACAAUCCCAAUGCGGUGGCGGGCAGCACGAGUGCUGCUGCCCCAGGGGCGCCAACGGCGACAAAGCAAAAGAAAACGGUCACCUUCAAGAACAUACUCGAAACCAGUGAUGACAAGUCGGUGGUGAAGCGUUUCUACAAUCCGGACAAUCGUGUGCCGCUCGUCUCCAUCAUGAAGAAGGACAGCCUGAAUCGACCGCUCAACUAUUGCAGGGGCAGCGAGUUCAUUGUGCGUCCCUCCAUACUUUCCAAGAUACUCAACAAGAACUCGAACAUCGAUAAGCUCAAUUCGCUGAAGUUUCGCUCGGUGCAUGCCUCAUCCAAUUCCAUACAGGAAUCGAGCAGUAGCACGACAAAUCUCUUCGGCUCUGGCCUGUCGCGCGCUUUUGGCGCCCCAAUCGACGACGAGGACGCCGUUUCGGGCGGUGUCACAUUUCGCAAGCAGGAGCCGCAGCACAAAACACCUGAAGACAACGAUGAUGACGGCUCGGCAAGCAGCGAUGCAAUUGAGGACGAUGAGGACAUUGAUGACGAUGAUGCGGAGGACAACGAAGAGGCAGCGUCCGAGAAGAGUGCCGAAACCACGGCCAGUGUGGAUGAAAAGGAGGCAGACGACAGGCAACUGGUCAUGGAUAAACAUUUUGUGCUGCCCAAGCGAAGCACGCGCUCAUCGCGCAUCAUAAAGCCCAACAAGCGUUUGCUGGAGGUGGGCGGCAUUUGCAGCAAGAGGAGCCCGAGCGAUGCCAAUGGCAAACCCAAGCCCAAAAACUACUUUGGUCUGGGCGACUUUGCCAGCGAGGUGCACGCCUCGUCGUCGUCGUCGUCGUCGACGUCUGCAGCAACUGCGCUAAGCCAGAAGCUUGGCAAGGAAACAUUUACCAGCUUUGCCACCGCGAAGGUAAACAGCAGCUUUGUGCUGCGCCAGCCGCGGCUGCAAUUCCAAACGGAUAAGAGCGGAUCAUUUGUCAGCGCCAAGCCCACGUUGCCCACGACAACGCUUUUGCCCGCAUCUUCAAGUGCCAUAACGUCAGCGAAUGUUUUAUCCUUUGGCGCGCUCAACAAUGCCAAUUCAGCUGUUGCCGCGGCCUCGACGUGCGCCGUUUGCUCGGCACCAGUUAAUAACAAGGACGCGCCGUUGGCACGCAAAUACGGCGUAAUUGCCUGUGAGGUCUGUCGCAAGUUCAACUCGAGAAUGACAAAGAUAUCCAAGCUCUCAACGCCCAUGCACUCGAACCCAAGCACCAGCACAGCACAGUCUGGCCAGCAGCUAAAGUGCACAGAUGGUGGCAAUUGCAGCAUAUUAUCGCUUAAGAGUCAGCUGAAGAACUUCAAGAAGCUGUACAAGGAGCGCUGCAAGGCGUGCUGGCUCAAGAAAUGCCUGGCCACACUCCAGUUGCCCGCAGGACACAGAAGCCGCUUGAGUGCCAUACUGCCCGCCAGCAUGCGCGAGGAGGUGGCGCCCAAAGAUGACAAGUGCCCGGAGCUGUUAUCGCCUACGGCCAGUUUGCGUUUCACGGCGCCGACUAGCUCAGCAUCGUCCGGCACAACCAUCAAAUGGAAAUCCAGCGCGGAGACUGCAGUGAACUCCAUCAAAUCGAAUCCGCUGGCCGAGAACAAUGUCACCUUUGGCGGUACUCCGUUGCUGCGUCCCGCCAUUCUCGAAAAGCCGUUGUUCUUAAAAAUUGGCAGCGAUAAUAAAAAAGCCAAAGAGUCAAAGGAGGCACUUGGCCUGAGUCCCGUGCCCAGCACCAGUGAAGCAGCCGUUGCGCCUGGUAAAACCACGCGCAAGGCCAAACAGGACAAGGAGAAGGCGAGGGAGCAGGAAGCCGAGAAGCCGCUUAGUCCCAACGCCAAAAAGACCACAGAGGCCAACACGCCAGAGACUCAAAAGGAUGAACAACCAGCAUCUACAACAACAACAGUUUCAGCUGCCAGCUCUUCCACGCCUCACACUAGCUCAGCGGCAACCAACAGCAGCCAACUGGAGACAACUGAGGCAGCCAACGCAUCCACGGUGCCGGAUAACUUGAAGCGGCAGCGCAUCGAUCUGAAGGGACCGCGUGUAAAGCACGUGUGCCGAAGUGCAUCUAUAGUGCUGGGGCAACCGCUGGCCACCUUUGGCGACGAGGAAGAGGAACUGGCUGCGGCAGAGGCCGGGCCAGCGCCAACAACCACGACAACGACAACGUCACCGGAGGUCAUCAUCAAAAAGCCCAAAUCGCCGCAGCCCAUGCAAAUGAUCAUCGAUGAAAACGACAAUUGUGCCAGCUGCAUAUUAACGCCCACUGAGGCGCCGGCCGAAGCCCAGCCAGCUGUUAAGAGUGUGCUGGAGUCGAAGAGCAGCAAGUCAAAUACGCAAACAGAGGCUAAAAAGACGCCAGCCACAAGCGGCUCGUCCAAGGGCAAGGUGACCACGCGCAAUGCGACAGCAACCGUGACCUCAGUUGCCAGCAGUCUGGUGGCCACCAAGAAGCAGCGCAACAUCGAGGUCAGCAGCAGCAUUUCCAGCAGUCAGGCGGCUGCAACACAAAGUCGUCGGGCGCUGGCCAAGGAGGUUAAUCGUUUGAAGGCGCUGAUUUCGAUUGAUUUCUGGGAGAACUAUGAUCCGGCUGAGGUGUGCCAAACGGGCUUCGGUCUGAUCGUCACGGAGACGGUGGCACAGCGUGCGCUCUGCUUUUUGUGCGGCUCAACGGGCCUGGAUCCGCUCAUCUUCUGCGCCUGCUGCUGCGAGCCGUAUCAUCAGUAUUGUGUGCUGGACGAAUAUAAUCUAAAGCACAGCUCGUUUGAGGAUACGCUGAUGAACAGCCUGUUGGAGACAUCGAACAAUGCCUGCGCCAUCUCAGCGGCCACCAAUACGGCGCUGAAUCAGCUGACGCAACGGCUCAACUGGCUGUGCCCGCGCUGCACCGUCUGCUAUACCUGCAACAUGUCCUCCGGAUCGAAGGUGAAGUGCCAGAAAUGCCAGAAGAACUAUCACAGCACCUGUCUGGGCACCAGCAAACGUCUGCUGGGCGCCGAUCGGCCGCUCAUCUGCGUCAACUGUUUGAAGUGCAAAUCCUGCGCCACCACCAAGGUGUCCAAGUUCGUUGGCAACCUGCCCAUGUGCACCGCCUGCUUCAAGCUGCGCAAAAAGGGCAACUUCUGUCCCAUCUGCCAGAAGUGCUACGACGACAACGACUUCGAUCUGAAGAUGAUGGAGUGCGGCGACUGCAACCAGUGGGUGCACUCCAAAUGCGAGGGUCUCAGCGACGAGCAGUACAAUCUCCUGAGCACGCUGCCCGAAUCGAUUGAGUUCAUAUGCAAGAAGUGUGCGCGACGCUGCGAUGUCUCCCGCAACAAGGCCGACGAGUGGCGUCAGGCUGUCAUGGAGGAGUUCAAGUCGAGCCUGUACAGCGUGCUCAAGCUGCUCAGCAAGUCGCGACAGGCAUGCGCCCUGCUCAAGCUAAGUCCGCGCAAGAAGCUGCGCUGCAGCUGCUCAGCCGGAGGCGCAGCCGGCAAGGCUCAUAGCCAGGGCAAGCUGCAGCCCAAGGCGCUGCAGUUCACCUACAACGGCCUGGGCAGCGAUGGUGAGAGCCAGAACAGCGACGAUAUCUACGAGUUCAAGGAGCAGCACAGCACCAAUCGCAAGCCGUCGACGCCGGUGCCAUGCAGCUGCCUGCAGCCGUUGAGUCAGUCGCCAUCGUUCAGCCUGGUGGACAUCAAGCAGAAGAUCGCCAGCAAUGCGUACGUUUCGCUGGCGGAGUUCAACUAUGACAUGAGCCAGGUGAUACAGCAGAGCAACUGUGAUGAGCUGGACAUUGCCUACAAGGAGCUGCUGAGCGAGCAGUUUCCAUGGUUCCAGAACGAAACGAAGGCCUGCACAGAUGCGCUCGAGGAGGAUAUGUUCGAGUCGUGCGGCUACGAGGAACUCGAGGAGUCACCGACCACAUAUGCCGAGCAUCAUACCGCAUCGCAGGCACCGCGCACUGGCCUCCUGGACAUACCGCUCGACGAUGUAGAUGAUCUGGGCGGCUGUGCGGUGAAGACACGUCUGGAUACGCGCGUCUGUCUCUUUUGCCGCAAGAGCGGCGAGGGUCUGUCUGGCGAGGAGGCGCGUCUGCUCUACUGCGGCCACGACUGUUGGGUGCACAUCAACUGUGCCAUGUGGUCCGCCGAGGUGUUUGAGGAAAUCGAUGGCUCGCUCCAGAAUGUGCACAGUGCCGUGGCGCGUGGCCGGAUGAUUAAGUGCACCGUUUGCGGCAAUCGAGGCGCCACCGUUGGCUGCAAUGUCAAGUCCUGCGGCGAGCACUAUCAUUAUCCCUGUGCGCGCAGCAUCGAUUGCGCAUUCCUCACCGACAAGUCCAUGUAUUGCCCGGCUCAUGCCCGCAAUGCGCUCAAGGCGAAUGGCUCGCCCAGCGUCACCUACGAAUCAAACUUUGAGGUGUCGCGUCCCGUCUACGUGGAGCUCGAUCGCAAGCGCAAGAAACUGAUCGAGCCCGCCAAGGUACAGUUUCACAUUGGCUCGCUGGAGGUGCGGCAGCUGGGCUCGAUAGUGCCACGCUUUUCCGACUCCUUUGAGGCGAUUGUGCCGAUAAAUUUCCUGUGCAGCCGCCUCUAUUGGUCCUCCAAGGAACCCUGGAAGAUAGUCGAGUACACGGUGCGCACAACCAUACAGAACAGCUACUCCAGCUCGCUGACACUCGAUGCUGGACGCAACUUUACGGUCGAUCACACCAAUCCCAAUUGUUCGCUGGUGCAGCUCGGCCUGGCGCAAAUAGCCCGCUGGCACAGCAGCCUGGCGCGCAGUGAUCUGCUGGACACGGAUUGGGCGGAGUUUCCCAAUUCGUAUGUGCCCGCCGACGAGAAUACCGAGGAGGAGCCGCAACAGAAUGCGGACCUUUUGCCGCCAGAGAUAAAGGAUGCCAUAUUCGAGGAUUUGCCGCAUGAGCUGCUCGACGGCAUCUCCAUGCUGGACAUAUUCAUGUACGAAGAUUUGGGCGACAAGACCGAACUGUUCGCCAUGAGCGAACAGUCCAAGGACGGCACAACGGCCACAUCCCAGACAGGCGGCGGUUCGGUGAGCAUCUGUGACGAGGACACGCGCAACUCGAACAGCCUGAGCAAACAACUGGAGCUAAGCAAUUGCUGGCCAGCCAGCAAUCCUGUCGAGGAUGCCAUGUUAUGCGCGGCGCGCAGCUCCAGUCAAGCGAAGCAGCGUGGCGAGGUUCUCAAGAAGACGGCCACGGCUCCGACACGCUCCUGGCCCAAGUUGGACGGCGGCAGCGUUGCGGCCUUUAAGCGGCGCAAGCUCUCCAAGAAUAUAGCCGAGGGUGUGCUGCUCAGCCUCAAUCAGCGCAGCAAAAAGGAAAUGGCCACCGUUGCCGGCAUCACGCGGCGUCAGUCUGUCUGCGGCAGCAGCGAGCUGCCCCCCGAGGGCAGCGCAACCAUGCGCACCAAGAGCUUCACGUGGAGUGCGGCCAAGUGCCUGUUCGAGAAGAACGAAUCGCGUGAAGAGCCCGCCAAGCUGAAGAUCAUGCAAAUGGACGGCGUGGAUGACUCCAUUACCGAAUACCGUAUCAUUGGCAGCGAUGGCAAUCUGUCCACGGCCCAGUUUACGGGGCAGGUGAAGUGCGAGCGGUGCCAAUGCACGUACCGCAACUACGACUCAUUUCAGCGGCAUUUGGGCAGCUGCGAGCCGAUGUCCACCAGCGAAUCGGAGUCGGAGACCGCAACGGGCACAGCUCAGCUCAGCGCCGAGAGCCUCAAUGAGCUGCAAAAGCAGGCGCUGGCCGCCGCCACGCUCAGCAACACGGGCGGGCUCAACUAUCUGCAGACGUCCUUUCCACAGGUCCAGAACCUGGCCACCUUGGGUCAGUUCGGUGUGCAGGGUCUGCAGGGCCUGCAGACGCUGCAGCUGCAGCCACAAUCGCUGGGCAAUGGCUUCUUUCUGUCGCAGCCAAAUGCGGCUCAGGCCACGUCCAAUGGCAACGAUGAGCUGCAGCUCUAUGCAAACUCGCUGCAGAAUCUGGCGGCCAAUCUGGGCGGCGGCUUUACCCUGACACAGCCGACGAUGAGCACACAGGCGCAACCCCAGCUGAUAGCCCUGUCCACAAAUCCAGAUGGCACACAGCAGUUCAUCCAGCUGCCGCAGAGCAAUGGAGCUACAACACAACUGCUGCAGACAGCGGCGCCGGCGGCGAUGCCAACGGCCACAUACCAGACGCUACAGGCGACCAACAGCGACAAGAAGAUCGUACUGCCGUUGCGGAACGCGGGUAAGCCGCUCAAGACGGUGGCCACCAAGGCGGCGCAGCAGGCAACGGCAGCGGCCAAACAGAAGCAACUGAAGUCCGCGCACGGAGUGAAGCCUAUUCAGGCCAAGCUCCAGCCACAGCAGCAGCAGCAACAGCACCAACAACACCAACAACAACAACACCAACAACAACAGCAGCAGCAACAACAACAGCAGCAACAACAGACGCCCAUCACAGUGGCCCAACAUGGGGGCACCACGCAGCUGUUGGGCCAAAAUCUGCUGCAGCCGCAGCUACUCUUCCAGAGCAAUGCGCAGCCGCAGACGCAGCAGCUGUUGUUGCCGCAGACGCAGGCACAGAACAUCAUCUCGUUUGUGACCGGAGACGGCAGCCAGAACCAGCCGCUGCAAUACAUCUCGAUACCAACAACAAAUGACUUUAAGCCGCAGCAGACGACAAGCACGCCUACGUUCCUGACAGCUCCAGGCGGUGGUGCCACAUUUCUGCAAACGGACGCAAGCGGGAAUUUGAUGUUGACCACGGCGCCGGCCAACUCGGGCCUGCAGAUGCUAACCGGACAGCUGCAGACACAGCCCCAGGUCAUUGGCACGCUCAUCCAGCCGCAGACCUUGCAGCUGACCACCGGAGCAGAUGGGACACAGAGCGCCACGGCGCAGCAGCCGCUCAUUUUGGGCGGUGCCACUGGCGGCGGCACCACAGGCCUGGAGUUUGCCACCGCCACGCCACAAGUCAUACUGGCCACACAGCCCAUGUAUUACGGCCUGGAGACGAUUGUCCAGAACACGGUCAUGUCGUCGCAGCAGUUCGUGUCCACGGCCAUGCCGGGCGUGCUUAGCCAGAAUUCCAGUUUCUCGGCCACGACGACACAAGUGUUCCAGGCCAGCAAGAUCGAACCGAUUGUCGACCUGCCCGCUGGCUAUGUGGUCCUCAACAAUGCGGUGGAUGCGAGCGGCAACACGAGCUGGCUGCAGCAGAGCCAGACGCAGGCAACCGAUGAUGCUACCGCACAGCUGCUGCAAAAUGCUGGCUUUCAGUUUCAGACCACGCCCACAACGUCCACACAGCAGACCAUGUCGACAGACUAUGCGCCACCGCUGGUGGUCACGGCCAAAGUACCGCCCGUGGCGCAGAUGAAGCGCAAUACAAAUGCAAACAAGUCGCCCAUCUCUGUGCUGAGCAAGGUGCAGCCGCAACCACAGCAAUCGCAGGUGGUGAACAAGGUGCUGCCCACCAAUGUGAUCCAGCAGCAGCAGCAGCAGCAGCAGCAACAGCAACAGCAGCAGCAACAGCAAAUGCAGCCAAAGCAACAGCUGGCGGGCAAUGCCAAUCUGAAGCUGACGUCACAGUUCCAGCGCCAGCAGCAGGCGAACGAGCUGAAGAACAAGCAAGCGGCGGGCCAGCAGACGGGCAGCACGUGCGGUGCACCGCCCAGCAUUGCCUCCAAGCCGCUGCAGAAGAAGACGAAUCUGAUUCGGCCCAUACACAAGGUGGAGGUCAAGCCCAAGAUCAUGAAGCAGGCCCCCAAGCUGGCCACGUCAGCAGCAUCGAUGCAACAUCACCAGCAGCAGCAGUCGCCAGCGGCGAUUAACCAGGUGGCCAAGGUGGCGCUGCUGCAGCAGCGUUUGCCGCCCGCACCACAACCACAGCAACAGCAGCCACAGCAGCAGCAACAACAACUACAUCAGCAACAACAACAGCAACAACAGCAACAGCAACAUAUGCAACAGCAUCAGCAGCAGCAACAACAGCUGUCCAUGCCGCAGCUGCUGCCCGCGCAGCAGCCCAUUAUCAGCAUAGUGAAUACAGCAGAGCCGCAGGCAGCUACCCAGUUUGUGAUCACGCCGGCUCUGCAGGCGCAGGCGCAACCCAUACAGCUGCAGGAGCAGCAGUCGCAACAACAGCAGCAACAGCCGGCGGAGCAGCUGAUCAAUGGCAACGCCACACGAUUGCAGCACUAUGCCAGCAAUUCGCUGCCCACCAAUGUGGUCAAUCCGCUGCAGCAGCAGCCGCUGGCGGCCAGCGCCAACAACAGCAGCAAUAGCAAUGUGACGCAGCAGAACAGCACGAUCACGAUCAACAGCCGGCCGACGAAUCGGGUGCUGCCCAUGCAACAGCGCCAGGAACCGACGCCGCUGAGCAACGAUGUCGUGGUGCAGUCGCCAACGCCGCCCAAGCCCAUUGAGGAGCCGGUGCCAGCGGGCGCGUCCACACAAAAACCCAUAGUCAAAUGCUAUGCGCAGCUGGAACAGAAGUCACCUGGCUACGAGACAGAGCUAAAGACCAACAUCACACUGGAUAAUCUAGAGCAGACAAAUUCCAUAACGACUUUGCAGUUGCAACAGCCGCAACAGGGGCCCAUAUACGGCGAGCAAAUCUUUGAGAAGCAGUCGGAGGCGCAGGUGCAGCUGGAAAAACCCAAACACAACGAUCUGAUGCUCCUCGAGGCCACAUCGUGCCAGCAACAGCAGCAGCAGCAGCAGCAGCAUAUGGAGAUGGUGGUGGACAAUGGCUUUCAGCUUACGUCUAACGAGAGUUGUCUGCUUGAGAAGCAUGGCUUUAAUGUGGAGGCAGUGCCUAUGGACACCGAGGAUCACUAUGCCAGUAUGAAGAACGGCAGCGGCGGCGGCGCCGCUGAGGGAAUAGGUCAGGUGGAUGAUGCCGAGGAGGAUGAGGACGACGACGACGACUUUAGCCUGAAGAUGGCCACAUCGGCGUGCAACGACCACGAGAUGUCCGACAGCGAGGAGCCGGCGGUGAAGGAGAAGAUCAGCAAAAUUCUGGACAACCUGACGAAUGAUGACUGUGCCGAUUCCAUAACCACGGCGACAACAGUCGAAGCCAGCGCUGGAUAUCAGCAAAUGGUUGAGGAUGUCCUGGCCACGACUGCCGCCGGCUCAGUAUCCACGGACGAUGAAACCUUUACGGCUACCGCCGAAGCCGUGGAGGCAGCGGCUAGCUACAUAAACGAAAUGGCCGAGGCUCACGAGUUGCAGCUAAAGCAGCUGCAGGCGGGCGUCGAGCUGGAUCUGAAGAAGCCCAAGCUGGAUGUACCACAACAGCAGCCAAAUACGGUGCCAACCAAUGUGGUGCCCACCGCAGCUGCUCCACAGCAGCCGCCACCAAUGCGUGACCCCAAGAAGAUAAGCGGGCCACAUCUGCUGUACGAAAUACAAAGCGAAGAUGGCUUCACCUACAAGUCCAGCUCCAUAGCGGAGAUCUGGGAGAAGGUGUUCGAGGCUGUGCAGGUGGCGAGGCGUGCUCAUGGUCUAACGCCGCUGCCCGAAGGUCCGCUGGCCGAUAUGAGCGGCGUGCAAAUGAUUGGCCUCAAGACGAACGCGCUCAAGUAUCUGAUCGAGCAGCUGCCUGGCGUGGAGAAGUGCGUCAAGUACACGCCCAAAUACCAUAAACGCAACGGCAAUGUGUCCACAGCUGCCGGGGGCGGACAUGCGGCCAGCACAGCUGGCAGCAAUGCGGCAGCACUUGGCGCUGGAGCGGAUGCGCAGGCGCUCAUAGACUACGGCUCGGAUCAGGAAGAGCUGCAGGAGAAUGCAUAUGAGUGCGCACGCUGCGAGCCAUACGUCAGUCGCUCCGAAUACGAUAUGUUCAGCUGGUUGGCGUCCAGGCAUCGAAAGCAGCCCAUACAGGUGUUUGUGCAGCCCUCCGAUAACGAGCUGGUGCCCAGACGCGGAACUGGCAGCAAUCUGCCCAUGGCCAUGAAAUACCGUACGCUGAAGGAGACCUACAAGGAUUACGUGGGCGUUUUCCGCUCGCACAUCCAUGGACGCGGUCUCUACUGCACCAAGGACAUUGAAGCAGGCGAAAUGGUUAUCGAGUACGCCGGAGAACUGAUACGCUCUACGCUGACCGACAAGCGGGAGCGGUAUUACGACAGCCGUGGCAUUGGCUGCUACAUGUUCAAGAUCGACGACAAUCUGGUAGUGGAUGCCACAAUGCGUGGCAAUGCGGCGCGCUUUAUCAAUCACUCCUGUGAGCCGAAUUGCUACUCGAAGGUCGUUGACAUACUUGGCCACAAGCACAUCAUCAUCUUUGCCCUGCGGCGCAUCGUGCAGGGCGAGGAGCUGACCUACGACUACAAGUUCCCGUUCGAGGAUGAAAAAAUACCCUGCUCGUGCGGCUCAAAGCGUUGCCGCAAGUACUUAAACUAGGCGUUACCCUAGAUAAUCCAACCAAUUUGGAUGGGUGCAGUGCGCCCAUCCGAAACAUACUCAUCGAAGGAAUACAGCAUAGAGGAGACAUGUGUAGUUAACGGUUAUUUCGAUCUAAAAUUUGGUCAAUCGUGAUACAUUUUCAUUUGGAUAGCAUACAUUUUAAUUAUACGCUAGAUACAACAGUUGUAAAUGUAAGAGUUAAAACGUUGAUAUUACACAUAUAUAUCCUAUACAUAUUCGUAUAUAUUUAUACAACUAAUAUAUAUUUACAUUCAUUACAAUAUUAUGCAACGUGCUCAUAUACGCUUCCCAUAUAUGGCAGACCCAUUGAUAUAUAAAAUGUACGAUAUAUAAUUAUAAACGUGUAUCUAAAUCAUAGUUACACUCCCACACACACACAAACACACACAUAUACACACAUACAUAAACAUGGGAAAACUCGAUGAUUUCAGUAUUCAGCGAAGAUGGUUUAACUGUAUAUGAAAUAUGUUUAAAUUAUGCAUUGAAUAUGUAUACAUAUGUAUUAGCUACCAUAUAUGAAAUUCAGUAUAUUAAGGCUUGAAAGAUUCUAUAUAUAUAUACCCUAUAUAUAUAUAUUAACAUAAUUAACCUGGUCAUGAGUAUGUUGCAAAUCACACGAUCAAGAUCAAGAUAUAUAUGUAUUGUAACUAAUAGCGUUAGCGGCUUGGUCGGUUUAUCAACCCGUUUAGGUCCAAAUCGCUGGGCAACCAUUUAAUGAUUAUUUACAGGGGCUUGUGUUAGAUUGUAAAUAUAUACAAAAAGUGUUAGGUAAUUUAAAAGAAUAUGAAUAAGACGUAACAAAUCUCUAAGUAUAUAGAAAAGGAAAAAAACUAAAACAUACAGCAAAAUGCAAAAAAAAAAAAAAAAAACAACAAAAAACAGAUGAAACUAUUUUAUGUAGAAUUAUGCACACAUGCAAAUUGAGUAUUUACGUUUGUUGCAAUUGAACUAACUAACUAUUACAGAUACUAAUAAUCCACUGGCCUAACCUAAUACAUAUAUUAAAACAUGCCACACACACACACACACGCAUACAUAUGUGUGUAAGUAUUGGGUAACCAACAAGUAACUAAGCAUCACCUUUGAAAUUAUUUUGUGAACAGACAACACCAAUUUAAUUGUAAAAACAAGAAAGCAAACAACAAAAAAACAAAUACAAAUACAAAUGCAUAAUUAUAAUUUAUAAUUAAGCACGUAUUCGUGCAUUUGAUUUAUGUAAUUCUUAUUAAAUUGUAAUUGUGCUUUGAAAUGUGUCCAUGUAAAUUGUAAAAUUCGUUUGUAAUCGCAAAAAACAAUAUUGUGUUCUAAAUUUAUGAUUAGUUUAAAUGUGUACAAUUGUUUAAUAUAUUUUUAAUGCGUAAUGUCAGCCUCUUGUUGCCGGCUUUUAAAAGUAAUCCUUAUUUAUUAAGCAGCUCCCCUGUAUUCUAUUAGUUUUAUAUAUAUAUAUAUAUAUGAAUUGAUUCAGUUAAGCCUACAGUUAGCUCGUAUUGUAUUUGUAUUUUUGUCAAAAUUGGAUCUGAGAAAUCAACCAUUAUCUAUAAAACAUACAUUGUUCGAUUCGGAAUCACACGAAAGCUAGAAAGCAUACGAAUGUACAGGCAAAGUUCCACAGCAUUUUUGGCAGCCAUUCAGACGCGGGCACUUUUUGCCCGACGUCAAGGAAUUUUAUAUUUUUAUUCCCUAAAGAAAAAAGGUUAAUAAACUACAGAAUAAAUUAUUUUAA